AACCGGACAUCCAUUCGCCGGUGAUAUCCAUUCGCUCCCGUUAAUUCCUGUUGCCAAUUGUUUUUCAUUAGUCCAUCCUUAUAAUGAGAUCGCAAUCCCUUUGGCGGUCCUUUGGCCUGCUGCAGCGUGCGUCCACGCGCUCCUUUGUAGACGCUGGUUCGGGCCGGCGCGCCUUCCAGACUGCCAGUUCCCGCAUCCCCGACUUCGCCUUUGCAUUCGACAUUGAUGGUGUGCUACUACGAUCCUCCAAGCCCAUUCCCGGAGCGGCCGAAUCGCUAUCCCUUCUCAAGGAACAGAACAUCCCGUUCCUCCUGUUGACCAACGGUGGUGGAAAACACGAAACAGAGAGAGUGGCAGAAAUAAGUGAGAAACUCCAGGUAUCUCUGGAUCCGGAGCUCAUUGUCCAGAGUCAUUCCCCCUUUGCGGAGCUUGUGCGCGGGCCGGACGAGCAGAGUGCUCUGGAAAAUAAAUGCGUGCUGGUGGUCGGGGGAGAAGGCGACCGAUGCCGUCAGGUGGCUCAGAUGUACGGCUUCAAGAAUGUGGUGACACCCGGUGAUAUCUACAUGGCAAACCCGUCUAUCUGGCCUUUCAGGUCUUUCAAGGACUACUACGAGAAUAUCACGAAGCCACUGCCAAAUCCUAAAGAUCCUAGCGACCCCUCGAGGGGAUUGAAGAUCGAUGCGAUUUUCGUCUUCAAUGACCCGCGUGACUGGGCCUUGGACGCUCAGAUCAUCACGGAUAUCCUACUAUCAUCGGAGGGCGUGAUAGGAACAAUCUCUGAGAAAAACGGUCGGUCUGACCUUCCCAACCGGGGAUUCCAACAAGAUGGCCAACCGCAUUUGUACUUCUCCAACCCGGACCUCUGGUGGGCUGCGGCCUACCACCUUCCUCGCCUCGGCCAAGGAGGAUUUCGAGAGGCACUGGAAGGCAUUUGGGCGGCGGUGACUGGAGGCCCAAACAAAGGCGUUGAGUUGAAGAAGACGGUCAUCGGCAAGCCCUAUCAAGGGACGUAUGAGUUCGCGGAACGUCAGCUCCUGCGCAAUCGCGUCAGGAUGUUCGGCUCGGAUGCCCAACAACCUUUGCGGAACGUCUAUAUGAUUGGGGACAAUCCAGAAUCAGAUAUUUGCGGUGCUAACAGUUACCGGAGUGGACAUGGCAGCCAAUGGCAUUCGAUCCUCGUGCGGACCGGUGUUUACAAUGGCGGGGAGCCAGCGUGGAAACCAAAGACUAUCGCUGAUAAUCCCGAGGAAACCCCCGCCGCUGCGGCCGCCCCCGCAGAGGGUGCCGAGGCCAGCAAGAGCGCCAGCAAGAGCGCCGCAAAGAAGGCCGCGAAGGAGAAGGCUAAGGCUGAGAAGGCCGCUGCUCGCGCUGCCCAGGAGAAGGCCCAGGCCGCUGCUGCCGAGGCCAAUGACACCGCCAAGGAUCUGUACGGCAAGCUCCCCGAGACCGAAGACGUCCUCCCCGCGACGCGAUUCUCCGACAUCACCGACGAGCACUACGAGCAGGAGAUCACAGUGGUGGCCCGUGUGGACAAUGCCCGUGUGCAGAGUGCUAAGCUGGCUUUCCUGAUGCUGAGACAGCAGGGCCAGAAGGUGCAGGCGGUCAUUGCUCUCACGGAACCCAUCUCGAGACAGAUGAUCAAGUACACUGGUGGAUUGAACGUCAACUCCAUUGUCCAGGUCACCGGUGUUGUCAAGAAGCCCGCCGUGCCUAUUUCAUCGGCUACCCUGAGCAACCACGAAGUCCACAUCCGCAAGGUCUACAUGAUCUCUGAGGCGGCUCAGAUGCUUCCUAUGCAGGUCAAGGAUGCCGAGAGACCGCCCCCGGAGACCACUGAGGAGGGUAACGAGGUCGAUGCGGAUGGUACUCCCAUCGUCACUCUCAAGACCCGUCUUGACAACCGGGUUCUCGAUCUUCAGACCGAAACUAGCCAGGCUAUCACUUGGAUCUCCAGCGGCGUGGCCGAACUGUUCAGCGAAUACAUGAUCAAGAGUGGCUCGCGGUGGAUCUUCACCCCCAAGCUGGUGGGUGCCGCUACCGAGGGUGGUAGCAACGUCUUCGAGGUCAAGUACUUCAAGAAGAACGCCUACCUGGCCCAGAGCCCUCAGCUUUACAAGCAGAUGUGUAUCGCUGGUGACAUGGAGAGCGUCUUCGAAGUCGCUCCCGUCUUCCGUGCUGAAGACAGCAACACUCACAGACACUUGACUGAGUUCGCUGGUCUUGAUUUCGAGAAGACCUUCCGCGGCCACUACCACGAGGUCUUGGAGUUCGCUGAGAACCUCCUUGUCUUCAUCCUCACUCAGCUCAAGGAGCGCUACAAGGACCAGAUCGCCGUCAUCCAGAAGUCCUACCCCAAGGCGGGUGACUUCAAACUCCCCAAGGAUGGCAAGGCCCUUCGGUUGAACUACAUGGACGGUGUCGCUAUGCUGAAGGAGGCUGGCGUCGAUGUCUCUGAGCAGGAGCGCUUCGAGAACGACUUCACCACCGCGAUGGAGAAGCAGCUUGGUCAGAUCAUCCGCGACAAGUACGACACUGAUUUCUACGUGCUCGACAAGUUCCCGAUGGCCGUCCGUCCUUUCUACACCAAGGCCUGCCCCGAGGAUUCCCGCUUCUCCAACUCGUAUGACUUCUUCAUGCGUGGUGAGGAGAUCAUGUCCGGUGCCCAGCGUAUCAACGACAUCAAGGAGUUGGAAGAGUCGAUGAUCGCCAAGGGUCUUAACCCCAACCAGGAGGGCUUCGAGGACUACUUGGCUGCUUUCCGCCAGGGCUGUCCUCCCCACGCCGGCGGUGGUCUCGGUCUGAACCGCAUUGUCAUGUUCUUCCUGGGCCUGCCCAACGUUCGUCUGGCAUCGCUGUUCCCCCGCGACCCCCAGCGCCUGCGUCCUUAAGCUGUGGGAUAGAGCAAUACAUUGACAAGACCUGUAUCUGGAUACAAAAGAAAUAUAAUGGAGCGACGAAUUGAAACAUAUUAGCGUUGUGAUAUCAGUAGCACAUGCAUAUCAGUCAAUCCUCUGGCGUAUAAGUCGUAGCAG